CAUUUUGUGCUACUGUUCAUUCACACUUGUUCAUCAAGUUCUUUGAGUCCUCAAGGGCAGAAUUUACCUCUAAACAGAAAGAUGGAAACUAAAGUACAUUUUUUUUGCCAGGGGGAAGAAAAUAUUGAUUUAUCAGAUGACGGCUAUACCUCUUUUGCAACUGACCUGGCAUCAAGAAAUAUUGACAGCAAGAAAUACAUCAAGUUAUCUAAAACAAAAGAGAAGAGAAUUACACCUGAAAUUAGAGGUUUGAGCACAGAACACCAAAAAAUGUAUGAAACGUCAAUGUUCCUAUUUGAAGAAGAAAAGUCCUCUGAUUUUUCAGGAGAAAGAAAAGUCAAGAAAAAGAGGAGUUUACAAGUACAAUUGCAUACUAAAAGAACUGAGAUUCCUUCUUUGUCUGUGAAGGAGAAGAUGACUAGGAAAGAAAACUCUUCAUGCAAGUUGCCGAGUCAGUAUGAUGUUCACAAGACUUUAUCACAUCUUGGUACAUCUUCCUCAAUUAUUCGGAAAAAUGAAACGCUUUCUAACCUCUACCAGACAUUAUAUGAAGAAAUACCUCAAGGACACUUUGGCUCACAAGAAUUAAGUGCACUUCAGAAAGCCUGUAAAAUUUUUGGUAAAAUUCGAAAUGGUAGGAUUUAUGUGAAUGAUCUGCCAAUGAUCCAUCACAUCUUGAAGAUCUCUAUUAGUGACACAGAAAUGCGAAAGGCACUAAAGACUAUUGAUAUUGAUGCAUUUCAGAAUGCCUUGAAGAUUUUCGGUAGGAUAAAAGGUGGUCGUGUUUUAACUUCUGAAGUGGAUGAUGUUUUGGAUAGCAUGGAUAUCCUUGUAAUCCCUGAAACUUUUCAGGAAGUGAUAAAACAUAUCGACAUUGACAGUAACCAAAUGGUGGAUAUUGGGGAUAUCGUAUUUACUUUGAAUGAACUGCAGCAACAGUAUGAGGAUGUUUCAAUUAUGGAAGAGACAGCCUUGGAUGAAACUACCUCAAGAAAGUUAUCAAAUGUAUCAGGAUGCUAUCUACCAUAUAGGAAGAAAAGCAGCUUAUCUUCCAGACUGUGUGAAUCAUCAUUGUCCCAAAAGUUAAAUACAAAAAGCCUCUCAAAUCAUGAAAUUAUGAAGGAGAAUGAUGACCUUGAAUUUAAAAGAUUAAAAAGUACUUUGCAAAUAAGAAAAUUCCAGGAUGAGGUUGAUAGCAGUGAUAUAGAAUUCCAGGAACCAUAUUCAAAGUAUGGCCUUAACUUUAAGAGAAGUUCAGAGAAAGCUGAAAUUCUUGACUCAAAGUCUAAAUCACAAAACUUGAAGAGUGUUACAAGUUUCAAAAAGUCCCUGGAUAAAAAUGAUAGUUUUAGUAUCUCCAAACUUCAGAAGACAGCUGUGAGAAGACACUCCACCCUUCUAAAACAGGUUUCAUCUAAGGAAAAAACUGCAAUUAAUUCUCUGGGAAAUGUCUGCAAAGCUAUCAAAAAGCUCCAAGAAAAUUAUAUAGGUACAGAAGAACUUCAGUCCAUUUUGCCUUCAAUUGGAAUUACUUUAUCAGAUAAAGAGUUCAAGAAGAUUGUGACAAACACUGCUAGAAAUGAAAAUGGAAUGGUGAAGUUAGAUAACUUUAUGAGUGCUCUUUCCAAGCAGCUGAGCCUUCCUGAGUAUGAUGUGUUGAUUGAUGCCAUUAAAGCCAUUGAUAAGAUUAAAGAUGAAAAUAUUGACUAUAGGGAUCUGAAUACUUGUCUUCAAAAUUUUGGAGUUUACCUUUCUAAGCCAGAAUUUCAGAAGAUCAUGGAAUUGACUGAAGCUGGUGAAACAAAAAAAGUGAAUUUUAAAGAAUUUGUUGAUACUAUGAUGAGCAGCACAGAACGCUUCUCUGAAAAAUUAUUAUUGCCUGAUACUAUUGAAAACCUCCACAAUCUCAGUAAAGAGAAGAUGAGUGCUCCUGACCUGUGGAAUACUCUGUCUAGUUUGAACAGUAAUUUAAAAAAAGAUGAAUUCCUAGCUGCAAUGAGAUUAUCAACAGUUGAUGAAAGUGAGAAAGUACAAAUUGAAGAAUUUGCAAAAGUGGUGAAGGAUAUGCGUGAUGCCUCCAGGUUAGAAGAGUUACAGGAGAUUAUCUUAGCUGUUGAUUUGCCUGAAGGUGACAUGAUACCUGAGAAAGACUUGGAAGGCUUUCUAAGUGAUACUGGGAUUAAGUCGCCUAAAGAAGAGGUAGAGAAAAUCCUUCAAUCUGAUUUUGUUUCUGACGACAACACAGUGAAUGUUAAAGACUGUAUGAAGGCUUUGAGGGACACCCAGAAAUUUUCCAGUUUUAUUGAUUUUAGAAAAGAGACUUUCUUUUCAAAUCUGAAAUUAUCAAAGGCAGAUGGGUUUAAAGAAGCUGCUCAUAUCUUGUCACAUGUUGAUAAUGGCAUGGGUAUACCUAACUUGGAGUGUACCCUGAAAAGUCUGAAUAUUUAUUUAACUGAGGAGGACUGCAGUGGAACCCUUAGACUUAGUGACAUCAGCGAUAAUGAGGAGGAUUUAAAAGAUUUCUUAAAGGAAAUUAAAGAGAGUUCACAUUUCAAAGAAUCUAUAGAUAAGUGA